GCCAAAAAACUUUAGGACUACACCCUUACCCCUAAUAAAUUUAUAAUCAUCGUUAAGUUGAAGGAGAGGCAUCACGGCCGGUGGUAGGUAUAUAGACAUUUUAUCAUCCCAAAAAAGAAAAAAGAAAAAACAUUUCUUCACUGUUUAUUACAUCAAACACAAAUGGCGGCGAUAUAUACAACGUUAACAAACACAAUAACAGAAUACACAGGACUAUCACCAGCAGCCUUUUUCACAAUAUCUGCUAUGAUGUUUGUUGUAUAUAAAGUUGUAUCUAGUAUGUUUGUUGCAGCUGAUGAUUACGUGGCUGUCAAACGUGACCAGGAGUUCAUACUUCGUGAACCGGUUCAAAUCGGUGAGAUGACCGAAGAUGAACUCAGACCAUAUAAUGGUUCUGAUCCUACUAAACCUUUGUUGAUGGCUAUUAAAGGAAAAAUUUAUGAUGUUUCUCGCUCUAGGAUGUUCUAUGGCCCUGGUGGACCAUACGCAUUAUUUGCUGGUCGGGAUGCUAGCAGAGCCUUAGCUCUAAUGUCAUUUGAGCCUUCUGACCUUACCGGGAAUAUUGACGGUCUGGCGCCAUCCGAGCUUGAAGUUCUAGAAGACUGGGAGGCCAAGUUUGAGGAGAAGUAUGUUAAGGUUGGGCAGUUGGUGUCAGAAAAAACAUCAGUGCCUGUUGAAGAAAAGCUGGACACGCCUGUCGAAGAAAAUGUGGAACAAGAUCACACUAAAGAAGAUUAAGGUCCAAUGAUUGAUGCCUAUAUGAUUGUUCAUGUCCAAACUUCACAGAAUAUGUAAUAUAUGUCCCUGUGAAACUCGUACUCAGGGAAAUAGUUUUGUGUACGUUAUAGGCAGAGUUUGAAAGUUUCUGGUUAAACUGGAUUUCUUGGAUACGCGGGUAUUUCCUUUUAUAUCUGAUGACAGACAGUAUGGCUCCUGUAGCGCGUAUGAUUUAUGCAAAAGAGAUACAUUUUAUAGCUUGAAUUAA